AUGAAGGACAAAAACGACGUGAUCCACGAGUUCAACGACCUCGUCAACAUGACGGCGGCGGAACUGGAAAAGUGGCUCAAGUCGGGUGAUUCCCAGGCCGUGGGAUGGCCCAAAGAAGAUGACGGCGGCGGCGAGUCCGUCGGCCACGAUAGCGGGCGGAAGAUUGUCCAGAUUCUCAAAGAUAAUCCACAAAAGAGCCCGGACAAGUACACCGAUGACCAGAUUGAGCACAUGAGAAAGGUGGUUUCAUACUGCAAGCGGCACCUAGCUCAGGAGAGCAAAAGCAACGACAACAAGUCUGCUGAGGAAGUAAAGAAGACAAAAUCAUAUGCGUCCCUGAAGAACUGGGGCCACGACCCCCUCAAGGAGCGGGAGGGUGAUGGCGAUGAGGACGAGGACGAGGAUCAGGAUGAGGAUGAGGAUGAAGAUGAGGAUGAGGAUGAAGACGAAGAUGCGGGCCAAGACGAUGAGCAAGACGUAGGCACGAAGCGGGGAACCAAGGACGACCAAGAUGGGGAGAACAAGAGACAAAAGACGGACAAGGCGGCUUCCAAGAACCAAAAAAACGGCCACAGUGGUGCAGCGAAAUCGGCAAACAAGCAGGAUACGAAAGACGACGACGCGACCGAGCAAGGCUCACAGCCAUCUUCCGACGAAGACGACGGCCAAGAAAGCAAAAAGAGCGACAAGAGCGACAAGAACGGGUCUUCUGGUAAAAAAGAGCCGAAAAAGGGCGACACGGUGAGUUGGGAAUGGGGCCAAGGCCAGCCAGAAGGCACAGUCAAGCAAGUCAAGCACGAAAAAGCUUCGGUGACGACCAAGAAGGGGAACACUGUCUCGCGCGACGGCACCGAAGAGGAUCCCGCCGUGGUCAUUGACGCGGGUUCCUCCAAGGCCGUCAAGCUCAACCAUGAGCUGAAUUAG